GAUGUUCUGAGACAGUUGACAGCAGGUCCACAUAUGUUCUGCUGUUUACAAACAUCAUAUCUCCAGUUAUUUAACCGACUCUUUAACGAUGUCCACGGAAAGUACAGGGGAUCGGGAGGGUUCCGAUCAUUCAGCGGACGCAGAUUCUCAUCAUGCUAUGGAUUAUUACUCAAAAGAAGAUGAAAAUGACUCUAUAAACGUGAAGGAGGAGAGUUUCAGACAUGAAUCAGAGGGAGAAGAUAAGGUUAUUAUUGGUAUAGAUCCAGAUGCACCAAUGUUUCCUGAUCCGGAUAAUGACAAUUAUCACCACAGUGAUAGCAAUGAUGAUGAUCAUAGUCAAAGUAGAGAUGGCAAUGGAGAGACCUCUGGAGGAUUUGACAACUUGGACGUACAGCCGAUGGAGCUUGAGCAAAUGGGAGGAGAACAGUUUAGCUUUCUAGAAACGGAUAUGAUGGGAUUAUUACCAAGUUUGUCGCUCGCUCCGGCCCCUCCUAUGCAGGAUAAAGAGAAAGAAAAGGAAAAGGAAAAGAAGAGAGAAAAGACAAGAAAAGAAAUUGAGGAGGAGGAACGAGAAAAAAUGCAAGUGCUUGUCUCAAACUUUACCUCUGAGCAACUUGACCGAUAUGAAAUGUACAGACGAUCAGCAUUUCCUAAAGCAGCUAUAAAGCGGCUGAUGCAGACCAUCACGGGCAGCUCCGUGUCGCAGAACGUGGUCAUCGCCAUGUCCGGGAUCUCAAAAGUGUUCGUCGGGGAGGUGGUGGAGGAAGCGCUGGACGUGAUGGACGGAAUGGGCGAGAGCGGAGCUCUGCAGCCGAAACACCUGCGGGAGGCGGUGCGUCGACUGCGGCUGAGACACAGCAUGCCCGGAGGGAAGACCAAGAGAAAAGUUUUCUAAUGCCCCUAUGUAAAUUUUCAUUUAUUUAAGAGAAUAUUUGUACAUAUUUUUAUUAAAUUUACUUCUUUUAUUCGUGUUA